GCGCGCGCGUCGGGGUUCGCGCGCGUGGUGUGAUGAGCUCCGCCUCCGCCUCCCCCGUCGGCCGCCGCGCUCCUAUUUAAGCACCGCCGCGAUCACCGCCCUCUCUCCCUCACUCAUCACUCAUCACCUCCACUGCGGGCACGUUGCAUCGUCCAGCUCGCUCACUCCCCCACUAUCCAUUGUCAACUGAUCGACAUGGCGCGCAAGGUCGACCUGUGCCGCCUGCUCGUGGCUGCCGUAGCAGCCUGCCUCGCCGCGACGACGGUCCGGGCCGGGUGGCAGAGAGGCUCGGCGACGUUCUACGGCGGGGCCAACGCCGCCGGCACAAUGGGUGGCGCGUGCGGGUAUGGCAACCUGUACUCGGCGGGGUACGGCACGGACACGGCGGCGCUGAGCUUGGCGAUGUUCAACGGCGGCGCGGCGUGCGGGGAGUGCUACCAGGUGAAGUGCGACCAGCAGAACAGCCGGUGGUGCAAGCCGGGCGUGACGGUGACCGUCACCGCCACCAACCUGUGCCCGGCCGACUACUCCCAGCCCAGCAACGACGGCGGGUGGUGCAACCCGCCGCGGCAGCACUUCGACAUGUCCCAGCCGUCGUGGGAGAAGAUCGGCGUCUACAGCGGCGGCAUCGUCCCGGUCUUCUACCAGAGGGUGUCCUGCUCCAGGACCGGCGGCGUGCGCUUCACCAUCAACGGCAACAGGUACUUCAAGCUCGUGCUCAUCUUCAACGUCGCCGGGCCGGGGUCCAUCAGCGCGGUGCAGAUCAAGGGCUCGUCCACGGGGUGGAUCACCAUGUCCCGGAACUGGGGCGCCAACUGGCAGGCCAACAGCGACCUCACCAGGCAGAGCAUCUCCUUCCGUGUCACCGCCACCAACGGCAGGUUCCUCGAGUUCUACAACGUCGCCGGAUCCAACUGGCAGCUGGGCCAGACCUUCACCAACGGCCAAAAUUUCUACUAGCGGCGGCGCCAUGCCGGUGGCAGCGCCAUGCAUGCCGGCCGGCUUUCUGCUCGUCGCGCGAUGAUUUUCACUUCAUUUUUGCAUCAUCUGGAAACUUGUCAAAAAAGAAAAAAAGAAGGCCUGAUCUUGUUUAGCGUCAUUAUAUUGCUAUGCAAAUGUUAGUGACUCAAUGCUUUAGCAGCUAGGCGUAGUAGUAAUGCGGUUGGCAUGGCUGAGGUAGGUUUUCAUGGGUCUCCGGCCGGCCUGAUCGAGCUCCUAGUGCCCGCCAUGCCGGCCGCUUUUACGAUGAAUGAUUGUUGCUGGAAAAAGAAACCAAGAAAAAAAAAGAGAUAAUUCUGUCGU